UUGCCAAAAGAUUUCCUCACAAUAAAGGAAGUGGAGCUGUUGGUAAACUUCUUCAGUGAUAGAUUAAAGGAUCAUCAUUCAGUGACUCCACAUGUGCUGUUUGGUUUACUUGCUAUGUCCACUUUCACCCACCUGCCACCUGGUAGCGGACAACAGAUGGUGAAGGAAGUAUCCAAAGAAGUGCAUGUACAGUCUUUGGCUCAAGCAGACCGGCGAUCUGCAUACAGUAUACUAAUAAAUUUACUUCAUACUAAGAUGGAGGAACUUAAACCAAUGGGAGCAGACUUUGUAUAUAACUUCAUCCAAACAAUGGAUGGUGAACGAGACCCACGAAAUUUGGUCCUUGCCUUCAAUAUUGUUCCUGUAAUAGUGCAGAACUUUCCUAUAGGAAUGUUUGCAGAGGAGUUAUUUGAAGUCACUUCCUGUUAUUUUCCCAUUGAUUUUACUCCGCCUCCAAAUGACCCCCAUGGAGUUACCAAGGAUGAAUUGGUGUUGGGUUUACAAAGGUGCAUGGCAGCCACUCCUCUGUUUGCCCAGUAUUGUCUGCCUUUGCUCAUUGAGAAGAUGACUUCUGAUGUACAGAGUGCAAAGAAGGAUGCUUUUCACACAUUAGCAAAAUGUACAGAAACAUAUGCUGCCAAAGAUUUCCAAGAAUUCCUAAGUUCUCUUUUUAUGUGUAUGAAGAGAGAGGUGCUGUCAGGUGUCAGUGAAAUGGUGGAAGGUGCUGCACUGAGUGCUCUUACAGCUGUGGUAUCAGUUCUCUCUACUGGUGUCCAGCAGAAAAACUCAGAAACAUUACUAGAUGGGUUUUUGAAGGACAUCAUCAAGGACUGUAGACACCACCUGACACAGCCAGAGCUGAAGUUAAUGUACCCAAGUGGGAAACUACUCCAGGCAGCUGCAGCAGGGUCAGACCAGGCUUGCUGUAUUAUACUGAGGGAAAUCAUACCUUUAUUACUGGAACAAUUUCAUAAACAUACUCAGGUGCUGAAUCGGAGGUCUGUACUCGAUGUGCUGCUGGGUUUUAUCAAGAUUUCCAAGAGGUUUAAUGGCUCAGAUGAGAAAAAUCCUGUUGCUGAGUACAAAGAUGCCAUUAUGCCAGUGUUGUUUUCCUUAUUGAGUGAAACAAAUUUUCUGUUACGUUGUGCUGGGUUGACUGGCAUUGUGGGGAUGUUGACCUUGACUGGGGUCACAUCUGAGGAAGAGCAAUGUCUGGCAGCAGAACACAUGUUGAAGCUUGUGCUAGAGGACACAGAUUCAUCUGUUAGAACAGAAGCCACUACAGCCUUAACAUUUAUCAGCUCAGAAUUGACAUGGAUAGUUUGUAAAAUAGUAUUACCUAAAUUAGUUGAAUAUCUAAAAAUAGAUUUCAUGGAAACAGACCAGAGCAGUCCUCAUUUUUCAAGUGGAUAUUUACUCAAUACCCUGGCUGCCAUAUCAGUACAUAAGGACAUAAUACAAGAAACAGUACCCAUCUUGUAUCAGCAACUAGAGGAUUUGACAAACAGACCAGCGACUGAUUACUCUGAGGCUGAAUUAUGCUUGAACUGCAUAGCAAACAUUGUGCAAUCUUCUGUCCAGGAAAAAGAAAAUUUAGACUUUUUUUAUGAAGACCUGUUACAAAAGCUGCUGAAGAUAUCACUGCAAAGUUUUAUUAAUUAUUUAAGCAGGACUGAACAUGUUCUUUGGAAACAGGACAUUUUACUGAAAUUAUGCAGUGUCAUCAGAACUAUAUGUCAGCAUUUAUCACAGAGGCAGGGAGAGGAGAUGGUUAAAAAUGUACUUGCAGUAUAUGUUGAAGGGCAGUCCCAUUUGUGGUUAGGUGGAGCAGAGGCUGAGGGAGCAUUUAAACCAUUACAGGCUUCAUCACCUUGGCAACAGACCCAGGCACUGCAUGUCUUUUUGGCAGUUAUAUGUGCACUUCAUCAAAAUGUUUUGGUUCCUUCCUUAUACAGCCUAUUGGAUAUGUUGGUUAAUCUCACUCUACAGUUAUCACAUUCAUUGUCUCAGCUGGGGACAGUGAAAUGUUUAGCAGGGCUCAUCAACAAAGCUCCACAAGGCACAGAAUUGGAUUCUUAUCUUGAAUCUUUGAAGCAGAAGCUGGAGACUUUGCUGAAUACAAGAGUUGAGAGUGGACAACACCAGGGAGCAGCACUUGUAUGGCAGUGGGUCACCAAGGCACUGGUACUCAGAGGUCACCCCAUUUCUGGAAAGUUUGUUGAAAAAAUGAUGACCUUUUUUGAAAAUUCUAACUUGAACAAAUUGGCAGCAGAUGGGUUCUACAUAGUUAUGGCAGAGUUUGAUGAUGUGAUGACAAAACACAUGCACGCAAUCAUCAGACCACUUUACAAACAACGCUUCUUUCACCUUACAUUACCUGGACUCAUUCAAGGUUUUAAUUCAACCAUCGCAGACAGAAAGCAGUUUUACCUAACAGCUUUGUCAUACUUGCUGAGAUUUGUCCCGAAGCAAGUCUUGCUGAGUGAAUUACCCCCACUUGUCCCCCUCCUAGUCCAGUCCUUGUUGAUAGAAGAGGUCAGUUUACAGCUGUCCACAAUGACCACAAUGUAUGAUCUGAUGCAUGAUGCACCACUUAUCCUGGGGGAAUACUUAGAUACUCUGAUACCUAAGUUUCUGAAGCUUUCUAGAUAUGAGCCAUCAAUGAAAGUGCGUAUAGCAGCCCUGCAGUGUCUAGGCAUGAUGACCACCCUGCCCCAGCACCUGACCACCCCACACCAGAAGACAGUGGUCAGAGAACUGGCGCACCCUUUGGAUGACAAAAAGAGACUGGUGAGAAAGGAGGCAGCACAGGCAAGAGGAGAAUGGUACCUUUUGGAAACCAUGCAGAAGUAA